AUGGAACCCAUCUGCCGGCUUAAACUGCAAACCUUGGAAUUUCCAAUCAUAUUGUAUCCUGACCAAGGAGAGACGGACCUCAUUUACAAGCACCAGAAGUGUUUCAAUGUCAAAUCCACCUCCACUUCCACCUCCACGAGUGUGUCUACUCACGUACCUUCUCCUACGGCUUGGGAGGCUCUCGGCUGCUACACUGAUGACGUCCCGGCCUUUCCUGUCCUGGAGAAAGAAUACUCCAAGGAUGGUGGCGAUCCGGCUCUCGAAAUCUCAAGCUGCCGGUCGACAUGCUGGGCAGCCUCUCUCGAACGCACCGUCCUCUAUGCCGGCGUCAAGGAAGGCAACCAAUGCUGGUGCGGCAGCUUCGUCGGGGGACAGACGUCUCAAAAUGAGACUGAUUGCGACCUCCCAUGCAGUGGCGACAAGACGCAGAUAUGUGGGGGAAAGGGACGCAUUAAUGUCUUCGCUCCUAUAACCACUGGCCAGCCCGGCUCUUCUAUCACGACGAGUGUCAGUACCACUGCUACGACUGCGAAGGCUUCUUCUACUUCUACGAGUACAACGGCAACUGCUACAAGCACUCCGGGGACCGUUGUCAGCUCAGCCACUCCGGAUUCUGGAGCUAUAAGAUUUCGUCCAAUUUUUCAAGUAUUUAAUUAG